UGCAAUUAAUAGAAGGCUCGCACGUAGCCGGUCGUCUUCGUGAAAACGCUGACGUUUCUUCUCCCCGAACGCAAAGGCUGAAUCUUUCUUCUUCAACGCUUUCUACAGUCUAAUCUAACAACUCCUCUUUUGAUCUGAUGCAAAGAAUUCAUAAACGGUGAAAUCAAGGUCGAAGAAUCAGUUAUUGGGUUAUUGACGAUGGCGAUGAUUGAUCAUAGAUCCACAGUCGUAUCAAUUGUUAUUAUAGUCUUGGUGUUUGUUUCUGUCAUAGCUGAAUCGCUUCGAUUUGAUCUAACAUCGGGCCAUACAAAAUGCAUAGCCGAAGAUAUCAAGAGCAAUUCCAUGACUGUCGGGAAGUAUCACAUAGUCAAUCCAAACGAAGGCCAGACACUACCCGAAUCUCACAAUCUUACUGUCAGGGUUACUUCUACGUAUGGAAACAGCUAUCAUUACGCGGACCAUGUGAAUUCCGGGGAAUUUGCUUUUCAGGCAGCCGAGGCUGGGGACUACAUGGUUUGCUUUUGGGCGGUUGAUCACACACCACAAGUUACAAUUUCUAUUGAUUUUGAUUGGAGGACUGGUGUAGCUGCCAAGGACUGGACCAAUGUUGCUAAGAAAGGCUCAGUUGAUUCAAUGGAGUUUGAACUGAAGAAGCUACAGGAGAUGAUUACUUCGAUUCAUGAAGAGAUGUUUUAUCUCCGCGAAAGGGAAGAAGAAAUGCAGAAGCUAAACAAAAGCACAAACUCCACAAUGGGUUGGUUAAGUUUUCUUUCCCUAUGUGUUUGCCUAUCAGUAGCUGGUUUGCAAUUCUGGCACUUGAAGAACUUUUUCCAAAAGAAGAAGCUCAUUUAGUUUCAUGCAUUCAUUCCUCGAUCUGUUUUUAUUUUUGUUUUUUCAACUCGUUCAUGUACAAUGUUCUGUCCUAGGUAGUAGUAUACUCACGUUUUACACGCACUUUAGUUUUAUUUAUUCGGGGGAAUCUGCUGAUAGCUCGUUGGCCAUGGAAAUCUAAGAACUAAGGUGGUUGUUGUCCUGCCAUUAGGAUCUUCUUAAAUCUGACAAUUGUUGGAAUAGUAUAUCAUGUUGGUUUUACAUGGUUGGUUGAUCUUUUGCUUAUUAUAGUUUUUAAAAGUAGUUAUCUUGUGAUUAUUAUUAUUAUUAUGCCUAAUUGUAGUUAAUUAGCAAAACUCAACAUGUAGGCAGUAAUAAACAUCUUAGGAAUUUAUAUAUUUCUCACAUUACCAUAUAUGGUAAUGUUAUGUUCUUUA